GGGAAAAAAUUGGGAAAAGUUAACAGAGAGAGAAUACGAAUGUAUUCCGUUAUUCCGUUAAAGCACGAUACCGAUGAGUAACGAAAAUUUAAAAAUUUUAUCAGUAUCAGAGGUGGGUCGGAACAGUCAGAGGUGUCGGAAAUCGGAACUGGUUCAAAAAUCGGAACUUAGAAAUCGGAAUUCCGACCCACAUCUGAUCGGUAUGGCAGAAGUAUCGGCAAUUCCGAGUAAUACAGAUUCGGUAUUUUUGGUAAUACUUAGGCCGUUUCAAAAAUUACACAUGAUGCGGUUGUAUUGUGGUAAUUGUCUACAGAAUAAACAUAAAAUUAUUAGGAGGAACUUAUGGUGUAAUAAUGACUGAAGGUGAACUUUGGCGAGGACAGAGACGUUUUGCUUUGCAAAUAUUUAGAGAUUUUGGGCUUGGAAAGAAUUUAAUGCAAGAUAAAAUUUUGAGUGAAUUAGAAUUACUAUUUGAGAGAAUAGAAGAAGAAAUAAAAGAGGGAAAGGACGUUGAUUUUGGAGAAAAUAUUGAUAUAAGUGUUGGCUCUAUCAUUAACAAUUUCCUUUUUGGAUAUAGAUUUGAUAAUGAAAGGCUUGGAGAAUUCCGGCAACUUAAAAAAUUGAUGGAUAUUAUUUUAGAUACAGGAUUUCAUCCAUCGAUGUUUUUAAUACGAUUAUGGCCCUCUUUACGACAUUUACCUUUUGUUAAUUAUUAUUUUGAAUAUCUUAAAGGAGUAGAUAACCAAUUAUUUGAUUUCCAUAAGAGACAAAUUAAAGAACAUUUAAAUUCAAUUAAUUCACCUCCAACAGACUUUGUAGAAGCUUUUUUGUUAGAAAAACAGCAAAAGGAUUUAAUAGGGGCACCUCAUGAUUUUACGAUUGAGCAACUAGUAGGAGUUGCUAACGACCUCUGGUUUGCCGGUCAAGAAACAACAAGCACCACAUUAAAUUGGGGAAUUGCUUUUUUAAUUAAUAAUCCAAACGUUCAAGACAAAGUACAUGCAGAAUUAGAUUCGAUUAUUGGAGAUUUUGAUAGAAUUAUUACAACGGCAGAUAGGCCAUCCUUGCCUUAUUUAAAUGCCUUAAUUAACGAAAUUCAGCGAAUGGCAAAUUUAGUUCCCCUAAAUGUAGCUCAUAAAUUAACAAGAGAUGUUAAAAUUGAUGGAUAUUAUAUACCAAAAGAUACAAUUAUUAUUCCACAAAUUUCAGCAGUUUUAGCAGAUGGGGAAAUCUUUAAAAACCCUGAAGAAUUUAGUCCGGAACGUUUUUUAGAUGAAAAUGGGAAACUAAAAAAAGUUGAUGAAUUAAUUCCCUUUUCGAUUGGAAAAAGGCAAUGUUUGGGAGAAGCUUUGGCAAGAAUGGAAUUAUUCUUAUUUUUAGGAAAUUUAUUAAAUAAAUAUAAAUUUAUGCCUGGAAAUGAUGGAAUUCCUUCAUUAAAGCGAAUUAAUGGGGGGACAGCUAGAUGUAGAAAAUAUAAGUGCCGAAUUAUAAGAAGAGAAGAAUCUUGUUCUAAUUAA